AUGAAACCAAUUCAAAUAAAUACAACUAUUACUAAUAAUAACAAUAAUAAUAACAAUAACAACAAUAGUAAUGAAGACCGACCUAAAAUGUUAACUACAAAUAACAAUAACAAUAGUAAGGCUAUAACGAAAACCAUUAAAACACCAGUUUUAUGGGCAGUAGGCUUAGUAGUUUAUAUUUAUUUUAUAUUAUUUCAAAUACUAUCAAGUGGUUUGUCCAGUAUGGGUUAUAAUACUAUACCUUUAAAUGAUAGGUUUUUAAACAAAAGAGUAAUAAGAUUAAUUCCAAAUAGAUUAAAAAGAUAUAAUAAUAUUCCAAUUAGCUAUAAUAAUGAUAAUAGUUUUAGUAGUGGGGAUAAAAGAUCUUAUAAUACAAUAAAAGGAGGAUAUCAUUAUAAUAAAAACUUUAUUGUAUUUGUGUCGAUAUCAAAUAAUGACAAAGAACCCCAAACCAUAUUCAAUAGAUUCAAACCUAUAUUUGAAAAUCAUCAAAUCGGACUAACUGUUUUUGAAACCGAAAAUAAAUCAGAUACUCAUAGACUAUCAUACAGAAUUCAACAAACUGAAUUCGAUGGCAUAAUAUGUGUUGGUGACGAUAAUUUAGUGCAUGAUGUAGUAAAUUGUAUAUUAAAUAAGCACGAUUAUUCAAUUAACAGACAUAUACCAAUAGGAAUAAUACCAGUGGGCAAAAAAAACGGAUUUUCUAAUAGCUUGGGCAUUAAAUCACCAGAAAUCGCAAUUAAAAAAAUUAUUCAAGGAAAUGUAAACUAUAUAGAUAUUAUGUCAGUUUCGCCAGUUAGAAACACAACACAACUCUCUUUUCCUAAAUCAAAUGAAAUCAAUUUUAAUAAUAGUUAUAAUAACAAUUAUAUAGAUAUUUACAAUACUAAUAAUAAUAAUCCAAAUGGAAUUAAUUACAAUAAUAAUAAUAAUAAUAAUAAUAAAGCAAUAAAUAUAAAUAUGAAUCAAAAUAAUAUAGGUAAUAAUUAUAGCAACAAUUUUUUUUAUAAAGAGUAUAAAGUUUAUAGUAUAUUAUAUAUAGGGUGGGGUGCUAUUAGCUUUAGAGAUUCUUUCAAACCUUGGAACAGUAGUGUUAAACCAUGGCUAUUAUCAACAUUUUAUUCAAAAUUUUCAAAAUUUUCAUUUAAUAAUUUCUCUUCUUCAUUAUACUUUUUACCAUCAACACAUUUCACCAAUAACCAAAUUACAAAAACAAACUAUAGCAACAAUAACAAUUUAGAAAAUAAAAACAAUCGUAAUGUUAGUAAUAAUAAACAAGAAAACUACGAUACUCAAGACCACAUUUUAUAUUGCUCAAAAAAAAACUUGUGUGAAGGCUGCAAAAAACAACAUAUCGACUAUGACUCCCAAGGUAAAAGAUCGUCAAAAGAUUUUAGUGACUGGAGGGUUGUUGAAGGUUUAAACGAUUCAGAAAACAAAAGCAAUUACAACAACGAGAAUCAUAGCACUGGAAUGUCCUUUUUUUUAGCUGGCAAUCUCAGUAAUAUAUCAAAAGAUUUCAAACCAUUUCCUUUUGCUCAUUUAUCCGAUGGUUUUUUAGAUUUACUCAUCAGCUACCAAGAUGAUAAAAAGAAACUUAAUCAAUUAAUUUAUGAUACCAAUCCUUCCAUUAAUUGUUUAACAAAUGAUAGUAACGAAGAUCAACAAAGCAACAAUAAUAUGAAUAAUAACAACAAAACAACCUAUUAUUAUAAAACCAAAGAAUUCAUAUUCAAUGUAAAAAAUGAAGAUAUACCUUUAAGUAUAGAUGGAGAACUAUAUAAUAUAAAAGAAUUUGGGAGCACCACUAUCAAAGUUCAAUCUCAUAGAGAGUUAUGCGCUAUAUUUAGUUAA